UGCUAUAAAGAUAAUUGAUAAGACACAGCUGGAUGAAGAGAACCUGAAGAAGAUUUUUAGAGAAGUUCAGAUCAUGAAGAUGCUUUGCCACCCACAUAUCAUCAGGUUAUACCAGGUUAUGGAGACGGAGAGGAUGAUUUAUCUAGUGACAGAGUAUGCUAGUGGAGGGGAAAUAUUUGAUCACUUGGUGGCCCACGGACGUAUGGCUGAGAAGGAAGCCCGGAGAAAGUUCAAGCAAAUAGUGGCUGCUGUCAACUUUUGUCACUGUCGUAAUAUAGUUCACAGAGAUCUGAAGGCAGAAAAUCUACUUCUGGAUGCUAACCUUAACAUCAAAAUAGCAGAUUUUGGGUUCAGUAACAUCUUCACACCUGGUCAACUGCUUAAAACCUGGUGUGGGAGUCCUCCCUAUGCUGCUCCAGAGCUCUUUGAAGGAAAGGAAUACGAUGGGCCAAAGGUUGACAUUUGGAGUCUUGGCGUGGUGCUGUACGUGCUGGUCUGCGGUGCUCUGCCCUUCGACGGGAGCACGCUGCAGAACCUGCGGGCGAGGGUGCUCAGUGGGAAAUUUCGCAUUCCAUUUUUCAUGUCCACAGAAUGUGAACAUCUGAUCCGCCACAUGCUGGUCUUGGACCCAAGCAAGCGGCUCUCCAUGGAGCAGAUCUGCAAACACAAGUGGAUGAAGAUUGGGGAGGCCGAUGCAGAGUUUGACAGGCUGAUAGCGGAGUGUCAGCACCUGAAGACCGAGAGGCAGAUGGAGCCGCUGAAUGAGGACGUGCUGCUAGCAAUGGCAGACAUGGGGCUGGACAAGGAGCGCACAAUUCAGUCAUUAAGAGCCGAUGCUUAUGAUCACUACAGUGCAAUCUACAGCCUGCUCUGCGACCGCCUGAAGAGACACAAGAAUCUGCGCAUUGCAGCAUCUCCAAGUAUACCACGGACCAUGACCUUCCCCACCUCUGCUAACAUCCAGACAGAACAGACAGGCAAUACCAUGAGCAUCAAUGUGCCACAAGUCCAGCUCAUCAACCCCGAAAACCAAAUUGUGGAGACUGACGGAACAAUGAACUUGGACAGUGAUGAAGGGGAAGAGCCGUCACCUGAAGCUCUGGUCCGUUACCUCUCCAUGAGAAGGCACACGGUUGGAGUAGCUGACCCACGGACGGAAGUCAUGGAAGAUCUGCAGAAGCUCCUGCCUGGCUUCCCCCGUGUCACUCCUCAGGCUCCGUUCCUGCAGGUGACUCCGAAUGUGAACUUCAUGCACAAUGUGCUGCCUAGGCAGAACCUGCAGCCCACGGGUCAGCUGGAGUACAAGGAGCAGUCCCUGCUGCAGCCCCCCACCCUGCAGCUGCUGAAUGGCAUGGGCCCUCUGGGGCGGAGGGCAUCAGAUGGCGGAGCUAACAUCCAGUUACACGCACAGCAACUGCUGAAACGUCCUCGAGGUCCAUCUCCGCUCGUCACUAUGACGCCAGCUGUCCCAGCUGUCACCCCAGUGGAUGAGGAGAGCUCCGAUGGGGAGCCAGAUCAGGAAGCUGUGCAGAGAUACUUGGCAAAUAGGUCAAAAAGGCACACUCUGGCAAUGACCAACCCUACAGCUGAAAUCCCUCCAGACUUGCAGAGGCAGCUAGGACAGCAGUCCUUCCGACCCCGGGCUUGGGCUCCACACCUGGUACCCGAUCAGCACCGUUCUAUUUACAAGGACUCAAAUACUCUGCACCUCCCCACUGAACGCUUCUCCCCGGUUCGGCGCUUCUCAGAUGGUGCUGCCAGCAUCCAGGCUUUCAAAGCCCACCUGGAGAAGAUGGGCAAUAACAGUAGCAUCAAACAGCUUCAGCAGGAGUGCGAGCAGCUUCAGAAGAUGUAUGGUGGGCACAUGGACGAGAGGACACUGGAGAAGACACAGCAGCAGCACAUGUUGUACCAGCAGGAGCAGCACCAUCAGAUUCUUCAUCAGCAGAUUCAGGACUGUAUCCGGCCACCCCAGCCAUCUCCCCCCUUGCAAGCUCCAUGUGAAAACCAGCCAGCUCUGCUCACUCACCAGCUUCAGAGGUUACGGAUUCAGCCAUCCAGCCCGCCCCCGAACCACCCUAAUAACCAUCUCUUCAGGCAACCAAACAGCAGCCCACCUCCUGUGAGCAGCAGUGUGCUCCAGCCCCAUGGUGCCGCCUCCCAGUCUCAGUUCCAAGGCAUGCCGUCCCACAACACAAUCUUCCCGCAGUCUGGUAACUGUUCCCCUCCCCCAAACAUGGGGCUGACGUGCCUGGGCCUGCAGCAGCAGUCGCAGCCUCAGCAGGUCACUAUCCAAGUGCAGGAGCCCGCCGACCUGGUUAGCAACAACCUCCUGCAAGGGGCCUCUGUGGCUGGGCAGGGCAUGUCCUCCCACGCACGGGGCUUGCCCAUCAGCCCCAGUGCCAACCAGAUCCAGAUGCAGCACCGUGCUAACCUGAUGGCCUCCCUCACCUACGGCCACAGGCAGCUGUCCAAGCAGCUCAGUGCCGACAGCGCCGAGUCGCACAGUCUGAACGUGAACAGGUAUCCCCCCGCCAACUAUGACCAGGUGCACUUACACCCCCACCUGUUCCCAGAGCAGCCUCGCGUUUCCCCCAGCAACUACAGCCCAUCGGGAGGAGUUGGGUUUCCUCCAGCUCAGCAAGCUCUGAAAGUCCCACAGCUUGACCAGUAUCCCAGUUUCCCUCAAAACGCACAUCAGCAACAGCAGCACUACACUGCAUCAGCACUACAGCAAGCACUGUUGUCUCCAACGCCUCCUGACUACAGCCGACACCAGCAGGUACCGCACAUCCUCCAGGGACUGCUUUCUCCCCGGCACUCGCUCACGGGGCACACGGACAUGCGGCUGCCCCAGGCAGAAUUUGCACAGCUCAUCAAACGGCGGCAACAACAGCAGCAGCAGCAAGAAUUUCAAGAGUUGUUCAGGCAUAUGAGCCAAGGGGAUGCUGGGAACAUGGGCACCAGCAUGGGACAGAACCUCUCGGAGCGCCAGUCGUUGUCUUUGCCUUAUCAGAGUGCUGACACGUACCACCCACAGAACAGCCCCCAGCACCUCUUAAAAAUCAGGGCGCAAGAAUGUAUCCAGCAGGUACCCGCGUCAGUGCCACCCCACGGAUAUGUACACCAGCCAGCCCUGUUCCAUUCAGAGAGCAUGGAGGAGGACUGCACGUGCGAGGGUGCCAGGGACAGCUUUCCAGACAGUAAGAGUUCAAACACAUUGACCAAAGGUUGCCACGAGACCCCUCUGCUUGUAAACGCAGGAGGGCACGGGGACCCAGAAUCUUUACUAGGAACUGCUAAUCACGCGCAGGAGUUGGGGACGCAUCAAUACAGACAUCAGCCCGCUGCUGGAUUCAGUAGGAAUAAGGUGCCCAGCAGAGAGUCCAUCGUAGGGAACUGUAUGGACAGGAGUUCCCCCGGCCAAGCGAUCCAGGUGCCUGACCACAACGGACUGGGCUACCCUGCACGACCCGCCUCCAGUGAGCACCCGCGGCCCAGGACCCUGCAGAGACAUCACACCAUUCAGAACAGUGAUGAUGCCUACGUGCAGUUAGAUAACUUGCCUGGAAUGAGUUUAAUGGCAGGAAAAGCACUAAGCUCUGCUCGGAUGUCUGACGCCGUCCUCAGCCAGUCGUCGCUGAUGGCCAGUCAGCAGCUGCGUGACAGGGAGAAUGAGGAAUGCGGGGAGAGUUUGGAAGGUCAAGAGCAUCCCAACCUAGGUGACGGCAACCAGCAUCUAAACACCUCCUGUUACCCCUCGACGUGUAUUACAGACGUCCUCCUGAGCUACAAGCACCCAGAGGUGCCCUUUGGGAUGGAGCAGGCAGGGGUGUAACCAGGAAGGGAGUGAGUAUUCAAGUGUCCUUCUCCUUCCAAGGGCAAGCCUAGGGCCACCUCAGUGGCAGACCCAGAGCUCUGUCGGCCUGGCUUGUGUCCGUGGCUCCCUCCUUGUCCCCUUGCUCUGAGGGGAGCAACGGGCAGCUCUGAGCUUCCGGGCUGGUGGCUGUCUGCUGCCCCCUGUUUGUUCAGGGACAACACCCCUCCUUCCAGGCUGCUUUUCCAGACCACGUCAGCAUUGGCAGGGUCUCCCUCCUGGGGCAAAGCUCGUGGGUCUGGACUGGGAAGGCGGUGGAGGGCUGCAGAAGCCAAACUGCCGUCCUCUGGUGUCUCCUGACAUCUCUGCUUCUUCUCUCUCUUGCAGGUUUUAUGUACAGCUUUGAAACGAAAAGGUCCAUUUUAAACCAACAGUAUCUAGCAGCAUUGCGCCAAAUUGCCGUAGUAUUUCUGACUAACUGGAAUACCAUGGCCCCUUUCCUCAUAAUCAGUUCAUCCAGUGUGUUGUUCCUUUUGGUUUCUUUAAUUUUUGCCCUAUUUGCCUGUAACUCCAGCUAUCACAGAAAUAACCAGAGAACCCGAGUCCUACGCGUCGGCAGAGGAUUCAUGGAGCCUGAGCACUGAGUCUGGUUUGGAGGGCUACUUCUGACCAGGGCCAGGUGGGCCCUGGGGGGCUGCUCCGGCCCGCCGCCGUCACCGCCACCUCCGCGCUCGGCGCGCCGCACAGCCGGGACUGAGGCCUCCCUGGUGGGGCAGGGAGCAGGCGGGUGUGGAGCGGGGGUCCGAUCCCUGGAGGCCCUGCUAUUCUUCCACUCUUUUGAACCCUUUGCACUGGGGAGGGGCCCAGCCUGACCCGAGCCCGGCAGCACUGGCAGGGGCGGGCGAGGAUGGUGCCGGCCCGGCCGCGGCCCUGCCCGUGUCCCGGCAGCAGAUCACGCAUCUGCUCCGGCAGGGACACCCACCCCUGGUGCAAUACGCUGCUUGUCUCAUCUUUGUCUGCUUUUGUCCCUUCUCUCCGUUUGUCAGCGUGCCGAAAGGAUCACCUCUUCCCCGCCCCCUCCUCACCUUGUCUUUUCAAAUCCGCAUAUGACUUGGGUUUUUCUUUCUUUUUCCUGGCCUAAUGUAGGGAAGACAGGUUUUUCUUUGUUUUCUUAGCUUCUCCUCCUGAUCCUGUAGGAAUUGUUUUUUGGUAAAUGUUGUUUUAUUAUUAUUGUUAUUAAUAAAAGGCAAAAGGAAUUUCUGUUUGAGAGAAAUUUUUAACUAGAUUCUGUUCUAUAUGAAUUGUGACUUGCACCUUUUGUUCAAAGUAUUUUAUUUCUUUUAAUGACAUUGUACUUGUGACUGGUUUUUUCUCUCGUGCCAGUGGCGACAGUGGUAUUCUCCUUUAUACACUUCAGACGUGCUUAGAUCUCUUCUUUGUCCUUCUUUCCAUCCUUUCCUUGAUGGAUAGAGCGCAAAGCCCCCCCCCAGCCGGGGCUCGGCAGCACUUGGUGUCAUCAUUGCCUUUGGGACGUUACAAGCUACAGCUCAAAUUCUUCUUACUGACACUUUUCGGGAAUAGUUUUUUAUAAAAGGAAAAAACCGACCCAGCCCUCCUGAAUUUGCACAGAAGGAAGUGUGAAACCAGCACGGUGGAGGUGACUUUGCUAUCCUUACCCGUGCCUCUUCCCAGCCUCCCCCUUCUCCCCUGCCCCGGGAAAGUAAUGCUGUCUGGCUCUGCCAUCCCGAAACCCAGAGAGGAGAGAAACUCAGUGGCUGCUGAGUGGCAUCACCCAGGCCGGCACUUUCUGCUGGCGUCCCAGUGCCGCGUGGCUUUGCUGGCCGGGCGCGUUUCCUCAGCUGGUGCCAGCAGGCUCAGGGGGCCGUGGGGAGCCAGGCGGGGCCUGCUGGGCCAAGCGGGAAGGUAGUGGGAAACACUGAAAGCCUUUUGCUCUGUACCUUUGGUUUGUUUUCCUUUUGUUUACAUGACACUGUAUUUCUGGGAGAGUCGACAGCCACCCUACAGCAAGCAUCCGAAACAGCAGGGACUCGCUUAACCGUGCCAUUUCGCAGUAUCACACUUUUUUUAUCAUUGCUUUGUAUUGUAGUAAUCAAUACGCGCAGUAUAUGUUGAAUGUAUAUUAAUAUACUUUGCUAUUAUUUCUGUUUUUUGGAAAUGUCAGAAGUAUUUUUUCUUCCUCAUUUAUGUUGGACUAAAACAAAGAAGUUUCAGUAAAUCUUCAGUCCAUUUUUUUUGUGGGUCACUUGCAACUAGUCAAUUAG